UUGAUUGUAAACAUAAGCGUAUGUGAUGUUUGCGCGUGGCUUCAAUAUACCGGCUUUUAAACAACAAUUUUAUGAACUGAAAUUAAAAUAUAUUUCGUUACAAUCUUCUCGCUAUUAAAUAUAUAUCAUAAUAGUGUUACAUUUUUAUGUAAUUUCGCGAGGAGCUAAAGAGCACGGUAUAAUUUAGGUUAGAGUUAGAUAAGUUAGAUAACUUCUAAAAAGAAAUGUACUGGCUGUGAUGAUGCAUUUAUUGUAAUAUUAAUUUUAUGUGCGUGCAAUUAUUUAAUUAAAUUGAAAUUUCUAUUUUUAUUUAAAUAUUGCAUUGGUAAAACAACCAUGAGCCUCUUAUCUCGUCUCAGCUAUGUGAGACUGAACUACAAGAUAUUUAUGUAUUCCACGUUAAUUUUAUUUGUUACGAACACUAUACUGCUUUUUCGGUAUUUGAAUCGUAUUCAACCAAAUUAUUUCAUCGACGAGGCUUUCCAUAUACCUCAAACAUUGAGAUACUGUGCAUGGAAUUUCACACAGUGGGAUCCAAAAAUUACUACAUUGCCGGGGUUAUAUUUUAUUACUACUGCAAUAUUAUCACCCUUCAAUCUUUGCGAUAUUACAUAUAUAAGAGGUGUGAAUUUACUUGGGACAUGUAUAAAUCUUUAUCUUCUUUAUAAUAUUAUAAAGAAGAAUUGCAAAUCAAAUGAAAGAAAUCGGUGGAAUGAUUGGUUGAUACUUGCAUUGACAUAUAACAUUACUCUCUUUCCACCAUUAUAUUUUUGGUGCUUUUUUUAUUACACAGACGUUGUAUCUGUAAAUGUAGUGCUCUUAAUGUUAUUUCUACAUCAACGUAAGCAUAGAAAAAUGACAGCGUUUGCAGGUCUAAUAGCUGUACUUGUUCGCCAAACAAACAUCAUUUGGCUCGGCUUUUUUGCGAUAGAGCACGCAUUAGAUAUAUUUGAAUGUAAGAUGGAACAACCUGUUCCGCCACAUGUGCUCAAUACUUCAUCGCACAUUCGUUUAAUUUGGAAGCAGAUAAUGUACGAAUUGCGCAAAGGUUGGCUGUUCUUUUUCAAGUUUAUUGCAGAAGUAUGCUGUAGUCUACUUCCUUAUAUAACGACGUGUCUGAUGUUUAUUGCCUUUGUCGUGUGGAACAAAGGCAUAGUGAUCGGCGAUCGCACCGCCCAUGUCGCAACAAUUCAUAUUUGCCAAAUAUUUUACUUCUCCGCUUUUGUCUCGCUGUUCUCGUGGCCGUACGUAGUACCUCAUUGGAGAACAUGUCUGCGAUUCCUGCGCCAGCAUUGGAUUCUCGCGAGUUGUGUAGUUGUGUUAAUGGUCACGGUGAUUCGUUUCAAUACGCUUGUUCAUCCAUACGUUUUAGCCGACAAUCGACAUUACUGGUUCUACGUGUGGAAUCGGUUUAUAGGCCGAUACGCCGCGUUCAGAUAUCUGUUAAUACCAAUUUACUGCGCGAGCCUGUUUGCCAUGUCGCAGAAUGUCAAUCAUUUGAGAUUUCUCUCGCAGAUCAAUUAUAUUAUUUGCGUGUGUAUGGUUUUAGUACCUCAGUUACUAGUAGAACCGCGUUAUUUCAUCUUGCCGUACAUUUUUUAUCGUUUAAAUAUGAAGAGGGCAGAAAAAUGGCAGAUUUGUUUAGAGUCGCUCACGAUUUUAACGAUUAAUUUUUUGCAGUUUUAUAUUUUCUCGAGGAAAGUGUUCUACUGGGAAGAUCAGCCCUAUGUCCAACGAAUUUCCUGGUGAUAUUUAAGGUGAAGAUAAAUGAAUAAAAUAACAUAACGAAAGAAAGACUUAAUUCGAUAUAAAGUAUUGCAUAAAAAUAUGUCUUCCUAUUCCUCUUCUGCCCGUCAACAUAACUUUAUCGUUAAGCAAAUAAUGCAGUUAAAGACAAUUUUUAUUAUUAGAUAGAUAAAUACUGUGAAACUAUUUCGUGCAUUUAUUGCACACAGCUGAAAUUUCUAGCAAAACUCCUAAAAAUUUUUCCAAGAUAACAGUUUGUCAUAAUUUUGCGUUGAAAUUUGUCAACGUACUUAUUAAAUAUAUUCGACUCCGAGACAACUUAGAAGUUUUUAUAUUUCUUAUCUUUAUUAUAC